AUGACCGAUCGUUUUGCUCGCACGGACGGAUCGACUACCCAAAGCUGCAAUACAACACAGGGUUUGUACUGUGGUGGAACGUGGAGAGGAAUGAUAAACCAACUUGAUUAUAUCCAGGGAAUGGGGUUCGAUGCUGUCAUGAUAUCCCCUAUUGUUAAGAACAUUGAAGGGCAUGUUCGGUACGGCGAGGCCUACCAUGGUUACUGGGCUCAGGAUAUGUACUCCCUGAACCCGCACUUUGGGACGAAACAAGAUCUACUCGAUCUGAGCAAAGCCAUACAUGACCGUGGAAUGUAUCUUAUGAUGGACACCGUGAUUAACAAUAUGGCUUACAUCACCAAUGGUGGAAGUCCAGCAUCUGACAUUGACUACUCCACUCUCUAUCCUUUUAACGACCCGAAGUACUUUCACCCAUAUUGCAAAAUCACAGACUACAACGACUACCUGCUUGCUCAGAAAUGCUGGACAGGCGACGACAUUGUGGUGCUCCCAGACUUGAAUACAGAGGACGAACAAGUCCAGAGGAUGCUGGUGAAAUGGGUCAAAGAGGUCAUAUCCAACUACUCGAUUGAUGGACUGCGCCUCGACGCGGCAAAACAUGUCACCCCAGACUUUCUGCCUUUGUUUCAAGAAGCUGCCGACACCUUCAUUACCGGAGAGGUGUUCGACAAGUCUGUGAGGAGAAUUUGCGGUUACCAAGAUGAGCUCACCAGUCUUCCAAACUAUCCAAUCUACUACUCUCUUUUGGACGCCUUCACACGGGGCAAUACAAGCUCAUUGCCGGACCAAGUGGAAAUAAUGAAAAACAACUGUCCCGACGUGACAUCGCUGACCUCGUUUUCGGAGAAUCACGACGUUGCUCGAUUCGUCAGCCUCAAAAGCGACAUGACUCUAGCCAAGAAUGUCCUCACCUUCACGAUUCUCUUCGACGGCAUCCCGAUGAUCUAUCAAGGCCAAGAGCAACACUACUCAGGGAGUAGUGAUCCUGAAAACCGCGAAGCACUCUGGCUUUCAAAAUACGACACCAAGGCACCUCUAUACAAAGCAAUCACAAUACUGAACCAGCUUCGCAAGCACGCCUCCCGUGUCGAUCCCAAAUAUUUAGAUACCCAGACCUACGCCGUCUACAAAGGACUGAGUGAAAUGGCCUUCCGAAAGGGAAGAGAAGGACGGCAGAUCGUCAUGGUUCUGUCCACGCAGGGGUCAAAUAGCAGCGAAUACACGAUCCGGAUGAUGAACGGGUAUCAGCCUUCGUACGUCGUCAUCGAUGUGUUCACAUGCAAAACAUACACGAUCAAUGACAUGGGCGAGCUCAGACUUGACAUGGAUAAGGGAGAGCCGCGAGUGCUUUACCCGACCGACUUGAUGCAUGGAAGUGGUCUCUGUGGCUAUGAUUACGCCAAUGUAUCAUACCUUGAUUUCCAGAGGAAGCCGUUGAAUUCUUCGAACGAUACUUCUACUUCUUCGGGGGCUGGAGUCCCCCCGGGUUUGGAUAUCUGGCAGACUAUAUGGUCUGUCCUUGUUUCGGUGAUUGUCUGUUUGGCUAUGUUCGUGUUAUAG